AUGGACACGAGACUCAUGGUCAUAUCCAACAGUGUGGACCAGUUAGAGUGCAGAAGCCCCGUAUGGGAUGGGUAUGACAUUCCAACGUAUGCACAACAAUGUGACGGUCAGGCGUCAACAGCUGUCGCGAAAAAAAUCCGGCAUGGCUCUUCAGUGAAGGCAGCACAUCUUUCAGGCAUUUACCUUGGUAAACCGUUACCCUGUACCGCCUUCAAUCGUCCACAUCGAAGACCAGUUCUGCUAUUCGUCCAUGGUGAAUCUUAUGAGUACGGCACAGGGAAUGCUUACGACUUGAGUGUGCUGGCCGGCUUCAGCGGAACUGUUUGCAUAACUCUCAACUACCGUCUUGGGAUACUAGGAUUCUUAUCGCUCAAAGAAGGUCAUAGUAACGGUAACUUUGCUCUAUUCGAUUUGCAAGCCGCCAUUUUGUGGAUACGUACAAACAUUGAGCGAUUUGGUGGAGAUCCCGAUCAAAUGACACUGAUGGGCUACGGUCACGGUGCCGCGCUCAUACACUUGUUCUCAUUAUCCAGAUUGGCACAAGGCGCUAUCAGUAAAUCGAUCAAGAGGCUUAUUCUUUUGAACGGUUCUGGUUUGGCUCCUUGGGCCACCUCGAAUAGUGCCGCAGAAGUGAAUCGGGCGUUAGAAAAAAUGUUGCUCGGAGAUUUAGCCUAUGGAAUUACUCACAACUCUUCUCUGAAAAAUCUGUCGCUGUCCGAGUUGCAAACCACUCGUGUAUCGCCUGCAGGAACUUCGGCUGCAAUGUCUGAGCAACAAAAGCUAUACAACAAAGCCAAGGGGCCAAUAGCGUCACAGAAUAGAAGCGAAGAAAACAGCUCAGUGCGGAAGCCAACCUUGGGGGAAUUAGUAUUUAAACAACUGAAACAAUUAUCUGUAAAGCGAAUUAUACAACUACAAAACAAUCUAUCCGAUGCUCUUUGUGCAUCACGACUUGGCCCAGUGCUGUCAAAACAUUUGUUUCCAAGCCUUAUCUUCAGUGAAAGUUCCAUUUUUGGAGCGACUUCUUCUGGCAAUGGCCCUGGGACCGAUCGUACCGGCGCGAUCAAGUGGGAAUCAACCCUAUUUGCAAGGGCCGACUUACUCGUCGGACUGGUGGAGAAACCAGGUGCCUCGUUCUACCGCAAGUCCCAGUGGACAGAUUCAUUGUCAGCAGAAAAGGAACGAUGUCUGCAAAAUAUAUUUCCUCAUGAUCCGAGGGCGAUCGCUGCAGUUGUUGAUUUCUUCUACGAAAAUGGAGAUCAGGAAGCGUUUUCGGAACAAUCCGUAGAUGGAAGACGACCCAGGUCUACCGAACUGGAUCAAAUUCUAACCAUCCUAUCGGACGGACUUUAUUUGGCACCAGCUGUUCAAACAUUGCAACUGCAUCUUUCUCUAAAGAAAGCAGAUAGACAGCCUUCCACUGCAAAGGCGCGCACUUUCCUGGCAAUGUUUCGUCAUCACAGUUUAGCGAAUUCAGCCCAAACAAACCAACGAGAAAUGAACAAAACUACGGUGACGGGAUCCACUUUUGGAGAAGAUCUGGCUUACUGGAUGGGCGCGCCUCUAGUAAACAACAAAACAAUGAAUCUAUUCCCGGGACCAUAUACCGGGGAUGACGCAGCUGUGUCGAGAAAACUACUGUUUCUCCUGACCACCUUCAUUCACAAAGGGUAA